CGGCGACACAGAGGUUCUCUUUCCCCGGAACGAAGACACGAGAGAAAGUCCAACGGAAUCCUGCAUCAAAAUGUUCCCUCCCUUGAAAAAAGUUCCAUACUCGAGCUCGGUCACGUGUCUGGCUGCUCACAAAAAACGCGCGUUCUGUUUGACAGCAGUUGAAGGAAACAAGAAACAAAGUCUUUGCCUGUUGAAAGAGAAGAUACCAAGUCCUGGAUUUCAAGCAAGCCUAAACAUGAAGCCUCUGAGAAAGAUGAACUUUGUCAAUAUCCCUCCAUUUCACUUCAACACGUAGCCACUGCUGCGACGAGACAUCUUGUGCCCCCUCGCUGAGUCCUUAGAAUGCUCUCGUUUUUUCAUCGCUGUCCAAAAGAAAACUUGACUUCUCAGAUCCGGGGAACCGCGUAUGCGUCUUGUUCUGUCUUCAAAGGUCUCCAGAGACACUUUUAAAGCCGUUCAUUUACCUGCGGCGAGAUGCACUGACGAGCUGAAGGAAAGCGCGACCCAGUCCUUCACGUUCAACACGGUGCUUCUCUCCAAAAAGAAGAGGCCUCUUGCUGCUCGGCUUCUUCCGUCGGUUCACUCUCGAUGAAAACAGGAAAUACUCAACUCGCUGGAAGUCUUUCUCGCUCGCUUCCUUCAACCAGGGACGAAUGGAGAACUGUGAAUUGACAGACUCCAAGAACCCCCAGAGGCAGCGACGAGGUACCAAGCUGGAGGCAACAGACUUCGGACAUACAUGGACCGUGACAAAAACUGCUGUGUGUUGUUUCGCGGUUCACUGUGUCCGUUCCUGACGCAUUCGUCGCAUGAAGUUCAAAGACAAGCAACAACUGCUGAUGCUAGACUCCCUGAUACAUGAAAUCAGGUUCCUGUGGUUCGGUCAACCACCGUUUCUUCAGAUGCCGACGACUCAAGCUGAUCCUGGUACACCUCAUCCACGGGAUUUCGGAGUUCCAUAGACUGUCUUUUCUUGUACAGGCAGGCCCAGAUGUUUCUCCAGAGAGGCUUGUUCUCGGUUUUGAAGAACCGUUUCCUUUUCCGAAUCUUUUUCUCUGCUGCAUCCGACCCGAUGGAAGCGCGACCUUGCAUUCGAGUUGUUCCCUGACUUUCUCUCUUUCUACAGAUUCUUUCCUGCCAUCUCCUCUCCGACCUUUUCUACCUUGAGAGUCCUUCGCCUUCGCUGUCUUCGCGGACGACAGGCGUCUCUCUAUCUGGCCCUUUCAGAGUCUGUCUCGUUUAACGAUCGGACGCGUGAGUCGUCUCAUCGGCGGUGUCCCUCGAAACAGCUGCGUUAAUGCGACGGUGAACGCAGAAGUUCGCUUCUUUCUAGCGCGCUACGGCCACUGGAGAAGCCACAGCCGACACUCGUAUUCUACACACUUUCCAGCUGUCAGCAACUGGGAUUCUUUCCUCGUGAGAAGCACUGUUUCCUGAACACGAAGGCGGAAAAGACCCAACGACCCCAGAGAAGGCUGCUUCCCGCGCCUGCGCGCCUCGUUGGUGAAGACUCCGAAACCACAACUGAACUCUGCAGGUUUCUCCCUGCUGCCUUCAUAGUUUCUCGUCGACUUCACAGUCUGCUUUCUCCUCUCCUGCACUCUUUUCUUCUUCUUACUGGACUGGAGGCGAUCCAGGUCCUGUAAGAAGGGAAGGGAGCUUCGUCUCGGCCAAAGCGCGCCAACUUUCCUGCUCGAGGCGUCAAUAGUCCAACGGUUAGGAUACCUGCCUUCCAAGCAGGUGACCCGGGUUCGACUCCCGGUUGACGCAUGCGUUUUUUCGGGAAAAAGUCCUCGCAGUAAAUCUCUUUUCUUUUCGCCUUCCCUCUCUGUGUCGAGCUCAGCGUCCUGCUUUGAUCUUCGCUAGUGUGUGUCGCCUGGCCAACUUCUUUCCGGUCGCUUCUGCAUGCGCUCUGCUUGCCGUGAGGACUGCCAAAACGUUUCUCAAGAACCGUCCUUCGCGGCUCCUGCUUUCCCCCACUCUGCGCGACAGAUUCUCCGUACACACUCCACACAGAUACAUGCUGUCUUGUCGCGUUUCUUCUCGUGAGCCUUUCUUUCUUUGUCUCUCGAGUUCCUCCGGUUCUGCUUUUCCCAGGGCGGAGGCACCGCAGAAGCUGCGGAACUGCUCGCCACACGCUGGCCCUCUGUUUCUACCUCUUCCAACUCGUCCUGCAGCGUCUUUUUCUUCGCAUCUCUCUCUUUCUUUUCGUCGGCUUUCGAGUUUUCCCCUUUUUCUGAAACUCUGCAUGCAGCUGCGUUCCUCUUCAAGGCCGAGUGUUCGACACACACCCGAGCGAGAUCGCGUUCUGAGGCAAACGCUCUCUUUUCGGCGGUCUUCCAGAGUUCCUGCUGCUUUCUCUCCUUGCUCGUUCGUUUUACUGUUCUCUCUCUUUCUCUGCUCGCGCGCCUGUGUUCCUCGUUGCUUCGCCGAAGAGCUUCUUCAGCGCCCACGGAUUCCACGCUUGUCUCUGUUCCUCCAGUUUCUUUUUUUCCAAACUUGACUGAAUUUGAGAGCAGACUUCUGUCCACUUCCCUUUUGCGUGAAGGCGAAAGCUCGACUUUCUCCGUUUUCUUGAGUUUCGUUCAAUUUCUCUCGACAGCUUCUUCCAUGUUCAAUGUCCCUCACGAUGACGCGCUAUUCCGUGAUCUUGCCGGCAUACAACGAGCGAGAAAACAUCCCCUAUAUGGUGUGGAUGCUCGUGGACGCAUUCAAAAAGAACCAUCUGGAUUUCGAGAUCCUCCUGGUCGACGACAGCAGUCCAGACGGCACUGCUGCUGCUUAUAAGGAACUUCAAAAGAUUUUCCGUGGAGAAAGACUUUUGUUGCUCGAGCGACCGGGGAAACUCGGACUGGGCUCUGCGUACGCGGAUGGACUGAAGAAAACAACGGGAGACUUCAUCAUCCUCAUGGAUGCCGACUUUUCGCACCAUCCGAAAUUCAUUCCGGAGUUCAUCAAGAAGCAGAAAGAAGGAGACUUCGAUGUUGUCACGGGAUCGCGGUACAUCAAAGGAGGCGGCGUUUGCGGCUGGGAUGCAAAGAGAAUCAUCAUCAGUCGGGGCGCGAAUUUCCUUGCCCAGACUCUGUUGAAUCCGCGCGUCUCAGACCUCACGGGAUCGUUUCGGCUCUUCAAGCGAAAUGCACUGGAGAACAUCAUGACAAGAAUCAUCAGCAAGGGCUACGUCUUUCAAAUGGAAGUCGCAGUGCGGGCGCGCGAACUGGGCUACUCGAUAGGGGAGGUCCCCAUCACCUUCGUGGACCGGAUUUAUGGAGAAUCGAAACUCGGCGGCAACGAAAUCUGGCAGUAUCUGAAGGGUCUCUUAACGCUGUUUUGGACAAUCUAAAAAAGGAACGAGAGGAAUGAGGCGCGAACGCGAGAGGAACAUAACCGCUCGGAUAAUGGAAGAGAGGAGACACUCCGGAGGCGAGAGAUUCAAACAGAAACGCGGAAGGCGUUUCCGCCCCAGCCCACGAGACAGCCUGCGGAGAGACGACAUGAUCCAACGCUGAAAUUGGAAUUCAGUGGCGUUUUCUUAUGAAACUUAACCUUUGCGCUUCUGUCUCUUUCUUGUGAGGAGAAGUCUCUCCUAGAUGAUGCGUGCGAACGCGAGAUCUGGUGACACCGCGUUUCCCUCUCUCUCCCUGCUCGUUUUCUUUGCCUUGUUGUCCGUCAUGUCAGUCGGCUUUCUCGUUCAUCUGCGCGUUCGGUUCGUUUUCUUUCGCGACCUCCAUUGCUCUCUGCCGCCGCUUCUCUCUUUGUUCGCUGUCCUCUCUUUUUCGUCUGCGUUUUUCUCCCGUCUCAAGAGACCUCUGCGAUGGAUUGUUCUUUGAAAACAUUUCUCUAGCCGAAUGUCCAACCAUACAGUUACUUACCUACUUACAUACAUUUGUACGCAUACAUAUAUAUAUGCAUUUUGAUUUUUUUAUUUAAGUUUAUUUAUUUGAAUUUAUCUAUUCAUUUUGUUCAUGGAAAUGUGUUUUUGUCCUUGUCUCUGGAGAGUGCGUUUCUCUGGACGCGGUGGAACAUUCAGGUCACGAGGGUUCCCCCC